AGUAGUAAAUGUGCUUCUCGCAAUUAAAGAUUUUAUUUUUGCUUAGAGUUCUUUUCAUUAUUUUUAUAUAGGAAGUUGUGAAAUUUAAUUAUUCUAAGUGCUUAGGUCGUAAGAGAAAUAUUUCCAUCGCUUAUUGAUAGUGUUGAAAUGGAAGAUAUCGACGUAAACUCCGGAAAAAGUUCGUCAAACCAAAGUCUUUCAUCUGAUAAUUAUUACAUAUCCGAUACAAUUAAAGUGAUUCUGUUGCCGGAGAGAAAAGGAACGUUUAUAAAGCACACUGAAUAUGAAAUAAAAUCAGAAAAACUGAGUAGUAAUGUCGAACGACGUUAUAAUGAUUUCUUGCUGCUCUACAAUUUUAUGACCACAAAAUAUGUGAACCGAAUAAUUCCACGGUUACCGCCAAAGCAGUUGAUGCUUGAUUGCUUUCUAGAAGAACGUCGACAAGGUCUUCAGAGAUGGUUGCGUCUUGUUAGCCAUCAUCCUAUCAUUUCAGAAGAUGAAAUGUUUAAAAUAUUUUUAACUGAGUCAUCAGAUAAUCAUCAGAAUUUACUUCAAGAAGCUUACAAUGAAGACCCGGAAGAGUUUCUUCAUCAUUCUAUGAAAAUUAAAAAUGAUCAAUUUAACUUAGAACUUCUUGUUAAUAAUCGUAACAUAAUAAGAAAAAUGCUCAACUAUGUUGUGAAACUUAAAGUUUUAAUAGAACAACAAACAAAACGUGAAAUGACACAAGUGAAUGAAUUUUCCGAAAUGGCUAAGACAGUCAGAUCAAUCAUGCGAGAAACAAACGAUACAAAUUUUGAAAAUUUUUGUAACAAAUUUGAUGAAAUAUCUGAAGAAAGUGAAAAAUAUUCAAGAGAUCAACAAGGUGCUGUGCUUGAGCGGCUUAACAUGAUUAUUGAAGUACUUACAGCUCAUUCCGAUAUGUGUGAAAGAGUAGAGAAAACAAUAAAUGAUCAAACGGUGGCACCAAAGUCCUUAAACCUUCGAAAUGUCAUGGUGGGGAAAUCAGUUUUUGAACCGACAAACAGCAACCAACAAUCUGAUAUUAAGAAACGAAAAGCUUUUGGAGUUCAUUGCGUUGUUGAAGAAACGAAAUUUGCGCUAAACUUCAACAUGAGAAUUCUUUUGAUCAUCUUUGUUACAAUUUUCACUGCAGGUGUAAUCAAUGCGCUGAUGGCAAAUGACACUGAAACCACAACAGAAUCAGUGAGUGAAGAAAAUUCGACAUUAUCAGAAAAUUUGAGAGAAAUUUCAGCAAAUGAUACUAAAGAAAUAAAAACUUUGACUUAUUUAUUGAAUGGUUAUCAUUCAAUUUUAUUGAGAUAUGAACAAGAGCCGUUAACUAAGAUACUGCCAGACAAUUGGAGGUAUAACCCUCAAGCUUCAGAUUCAGGCCGUCCCGAUCCCUUCAAACCCAAAUACACAUCGGAAGAAGCAUUAGCCCAAAGUUUGAUUCAAAGAAAGAAGUCUACAAAAUAUUGUAGACUAAUUUUGGCGCUUUUUGAAAGUAAACAAAAUAAAAGAAACAGAUUUAAAAUGCCUAUAAUAAUUAAAAGUUCAGGAUUUGGAAAAAUUCAAGAGUUCAUGAUGAUUGAACUGCAAGGAGAUUUACAAAGUCGUCACGCUGGUGUCGUAGACUGCUCGGAGAAGUUUGUUGGCGACGUUAUUUAUAACAAAUAUGGUCAUCCGAUACUCAUUAUUGGACAUCAUAUUCUUUUUGGAAAAGAAGUUCAACUAAAUAAACCAUUUGCUGUGAUUGAAAAGAAAAGUAUAGAGAAGAAAAAUAUUGAAAAUGACGUUGGCGAACCAAACCCUAGUAGUUCACUUCUCGGUGAAAGUUUAAUCCUUGACAGCACCAUAAAUAUAGAGAAUCGUACAAAAGUGGAGACAGAGUAUCAUGUUGUUGCACUAAUCAAAAAGAAGCUUGUCUUUAAUCAAAGGCCUCGUCCCAUCAUCAGCACAAAAGAUUCAAUGAAUAGUUGAUUUGAUUAAAUUAAACAAAUAUAUCUAACUAACUUAAGAUUCAAGAUUUUCAUUAAAGCCUGCAAACUCUGCAAUAA